GUGUAAAAUCAAGCUCAAACAUGACGACAGCUAAAGUGGUUGUGGCAGCGUGUCUCGGUGCGUGUGUUACUUUAGUGCUGUUUCUGUCUGUGGACUGGAAGAAUGCCGUGUCUGUGGAAAGGUGGAUCGACCAGCAAUCGCAGUACUCUUCCGAACAUGAGCCGAGGAUUGCCGAAAAUUCUAAGACGAAAACAAAACCUGUUGCCAGAACACCAGCUAAGGAGGCUGUCAGCUCGGGAGAGUGCUCAGCCCGUACGAACUUCGUGUUUAUCAAGGUUCACAAGGCCGGAUCCUCUACAACUACCCCUAUAGUUGCACGGUAACGUCAUAUUCACCAAU